CAGGUAAGAGUUAUGAUGGAGUCUUGGAGAGAAAUGCAACUUGUUCUGGGUUUAAUAAGCCUGCUCUGUUUUUGGACUUCACUUCUGGCACAUGCAGCAGCAACGCAGGUCACUUAUGACAAUGGCCAACUUCUGAUCAAUGGAGAACCGAGAAUUCUGAUUUCAGGGUCGAUCCAUUACCCACGCAGCACUGCAGAGAUGUGGCCAGACCUUAUUCAGAAAGCAAAGGAGGGUGGAGUCGAUGUAAUUGAGACUUACAUUUUCUGGAAUGUACAUGAGCCCCUACGCCACCAGUACAAUUUCGAGGGAGACGUAGACUUCAUCAAAUUCUUCAAGACAGUUCAAGAAGCUGGGCUAUAUGGCAUUCUUCGCAUCGGUCCUUAUGUCUGUGCAGAAUGGAACUACGGAGGAUUCCCAGUGUGGUUGCAUAAUCUACCAGGAAUUGAAUUAAGGACAGACAAUCAAGUGUACAAGGAUGAGAUGCAAACCUUCACCACCAAAAUUGUUGACAUGGUUAAAAAAGCAAACCUCUUUGCUCCACAAGGAGGACCCAUAAUCCUUGCACAGAUUGAGAACGAAUAUGGUGAUAUCAUGAAACCUUAUGGAGAGGCAGGGGUAAAGUAUAUGCAGUGGUGUGCAAAGAUGGCUGAAUCCCAAAAUAUUGGCAUUCCAUGGAUCAUGUGUCAACAGGAUAAUGCACCGCAGCCUAUGAUAAAUACAGAAAAUGGAUUUUAUGGCAGAUGGGAUUGGAAGCCAAAUAACUCAAAAAGUCCUAAAAUGUGGACUGAAAACUGGACUGCCUCGUUCAAGAUGUGGGGCCUACCAGCCCGCCAUAGAGCUGCUGAAGAUGUGGCUUAUGCAGUUGCCCGUUUCUUCCAAAGUGGUGGUGUCCUCCAAAACUACUAUAUGUACCAUGGAGGAACAAAUUUUGGUCGUACAGCAGGUGGCCCGUAUAUCGCAACCACUUAUGAUUAUGAUGCACCACUCGAUGAAUAUGGGAUUUUGAAUCAACCAAAGUGGGGACACCUAAAGCAACUUCAUGAAGUGAUCAAAUCAGCUGAGAAGAUUCUCACUAAGCAGUCAUUUAUAAACAAGGACAUCCAAAACAAUGUGAUGCUUACUACAUUCACGGACAACUCUACUGGAAAAUCAUUCUGCUUCUUGAGCAACAUUGAUUCUAAACAAGAUGUGAAUGUUGACUUGGGAAAUAACGGCAAGUAUUUUCUACCUGCUUGGUCUGUUAGUCUUCUUGCUGAUUGCAACAAAGAGAUCUACAACACUGCUAAGGUCAUCACCCAGACAUACUUGAAGACAUACAAGCCAAGCAAUGUUGAUACCCAAUUCAAUUGGUUAUGGAAGGCUGAGCCCUUGAAAGAUGCCCUCACAGGAAAGGGAUCGUUUACUGCAAACAAGCUUCUUGAGCAGAAGGCAACAACUGUUGAUGCUAGUGACUACCUGUGGUACAUGACUAGUGUGAACAUCGAUGAUUCUUUCGGUAAAAAUGCGAUCCUGCAUGUGAAUACAACAGGCCAUGUACUUCAUGCUUAUGUCAACAAGAAGAGAAUGGGAUCUGACUGGAGUAGUGAUGGAAAAGGUUUUGUGUUUGAGAAAGCAGUCACAUUGAACAAAGGCACUAACCAUUUAUCUUUACUCAGUGCCACAGUUGGAUUAAAGAAUUAUGGAUCAUUUUUUGAUAUGGUACCCAAUGGAAUAGUUGGUGGUCCAGUUCAGUUGAUUGGAAAUGAUAAUGUUACUAAAGAUCUAUCAUCAAACGAAUGGUCCUAUAAGAUUGGUUUGAACGGUGAGAACAAGCAAUUCUACAAUGAUAAACUGUCCCACAACAAAAAAUGGACCUUAGAAGGACUUCCCUUGAAUAGGCCUAUGACAUGGUACAAGACCAGCUUCAAGGCUCCUUUGGGUAAUGAUCCUGUGGUGGUAGAUUUGUUGGGUAUGGGUAAGGGACAUGCCUGGGUGAAUGGACAUGGCAUUGGAAGAUUCUGGCUGACCAUGAUUGCGAAAGCCCCUCAGGGUUUUGAAUGCUCUGAGAUAUGUGAUUAUCGUGGACAAUUCCAUGAUACAAAUUGCAUGCCUGAUUGUGGGCUUCCUUCUCAAAGAUGGUACCACAUCCCGCGAUCAUUCUUGAAUGAAGGGGAUAACACAUUGAUCUUGUUCGAAGAAAUGGGUGGCAACCCCACACAGAUUAAUUUCCAAACUGUCAUAGUAGGAAAGGUAUGUGGGAAUGCAUAUGAGGGAAGCAUCAUGGAACUCUCAUGCAAAGGUGGCCAAAUCUCUGCUAUUGAAUUUGCCAGCUUCGGAGAUCCCCAAGGCACAUGUGGAUCAUUUAAGAAAGGCAGCAGCGAUGUUCCAAACACUCUUUCUGUGUUGCAGAAAGCAUGUUUGAAAAAGGAAUCUUGUUCGAUCAAUGUUUCAGGAGCAACUUUUGGAUUCAGCAACUCCAACUCCAACACCCCUAAGAAGUUGGCAGUGCAAGCUGUUUGCUAGAGAGAGAUAUCUCAAGUCCAAUUUCUCUCAUCCUCCUUUUCUGAGAACCAACAAUGUUGAAAC